AUGUCCUUCCACCUCAACAGGCAUGAUCUACUCCUCCUCGCCAGCAAACAGUACGUCGCCGCCAUCCGAAGCAUCAGAUCGGCACUGAGCAGCAGCAGCAGCAACAACAACGACGAAGUCAUCCAGUCGGCACUCCUCCUAGACCUCUACGAGAAGAUUGCCAACCGCCAUGAGCACCGAUUCGCAUCGUGGUUGAGCCACGCCCGCGGCGCUCUCCACAUGGUCUGCGACCGCGCCAACACCGACUUCUCCAACCCUACCACCUGCCAACUCGCCAACAACGCCGCCGUAGCACUCAUGAAGAGCUGCGGCAUCGCCGGUUUCCCCGUGCCGCCCUCGCUGCUGGCCCUGCGCGAGGACCUCAACAGCUACGUCCGCGACGCCAAGUGGAGCUUCACGGGUCUCGUCGUCGGCAUCGUCAACCUCCGCGCUUACAUGCAGGGCCUGGCCUCGGGCGCAGCCUGUCCGAACGUGGUGCUGCGCCGGGCAAAGAUCUUGGACGAGCACAUGACCCUCGUGGAGAAGCGGCUCCAGCGCUCAUGGAAGCCCACGCGUGACUAA